AUGAGCGCGGCCUUCGGCCCUUCAUCCUUCGUCAUGAUGCAGCGUCCCGCCGCCUUCAGCAUAGACUCUCUGAUCGGCGCGCCGCCGGCGCCCAGCCCCGGCCCGCUGCUGUACGCGGGUUACCCCAUGUUCGUGCCCUACCGCUCCGUGGUGCUGCCCCCGCCUCCGCCGCCCCCGCCGCCUCCCCCGGUGGCCCCUCCGCCGCCUCUGCCCGCCACGGCGCACCCCCCACACCAGCUGCCCGCGCUGCCCGGCUCCUUCUGCUCGGGCCUGGCGCUCAUGGCCACUCUGCCGGGAGGAUUCCCCGCCGCGCCGCAGCACCACGACGCGGCCAGGAAGUUCGGGGGCGGCCAGCAGGCGCUGCACGCGGCCUUCGACAAGGCGCAGGAGGCGCGCGCCGACGGGGACGACGGGAAGGGCUUCGUGGGGAAGGAAGCCACGGCGCUGCUGCCGCUGGCCUUCCACGACGAGGCCGGACACUGCGCCACAGUACGGGGUCACACCAAGGACGACUCCAAGGAUGACGAGUGCCACCGCAAGGACGACGGCUUCUCCAUGGACAGUGACCUGGACUACAGCUCGGAUGAGAACGGCGGCGCAGGCUGCGCGCUGGGCCACAAGGACGACGGCGACGCGGGCGAUGGAGCGCGAGGAGGAGGCGCGGGCGGCGGCGGAGGAGGAGGAGUAGGAGGCGGCGGCGGAGGCUCGGCGGGCGCGGGCAAGAACCGGCGGCGGCGGACGGCGUUCACGAGCGAGCAGCUGCUGGAGCUGGAGAAGGAGUUCCACUGCAAGAAGUACCUGUCGCUGACCGAGCGCUCGCAGAUCGCGCACGCGCUCAAGCUCAGCGAGGUGCAGGUGAAGAUCUGGUUCCAGAACCGGCGCGCCAAGUGGAAGCGCGUGAAGGCGGGCAACGUGAACACGAAGGCGGGCGAGCCCUCGCGCAACCCCAAGAUCGUCGUGCCCAUACCGGUGCACGUGAGCCGCUUCGCCAUCCGGAGCCAGCACCAGCAGCUGGAGCAGGCCAGGCCUUGA